CGGGGGUGGGUCCCCAGGGAGGGGCCCCCGGCAGGCCCAGCGGCUCCCCGGACCCGGUUGCCUGGCUGCCGCCGCCGCCGCCGCAUUGUGAGGCCGGGGCACAGCGGCUGCAGCUGGGGCUUCCCUGGGCAGAGCCAGGCCCCGCCCCGGUGCCCCGGCCCCAUGUCCGCCUACCACUGGGAGGCCCGGCGCAGGCAGCUGCUGCUGGAGCGCAGGAGGCGGAACCAGCGCCUCCAGCCGGUGUGUGCGGGGGGCGUCCAAGGGCCGGGGCGGGGCGAGGAAGGGGGCGAGGAGCCUGCCAGGCGGCUGCUCACUGAAGGGACGUUCGUUCCUGUGCAGAAGGCGCAAGAAGCCUCCAAGAAGGUGCCGGAGCAGAGGCCUGAAAUCAACACCCCAGACCUGCAGGCCCCGAGGCCCCCCGCGCCAGAAGUCACCUGCUCCUGCCAGUGCUGCCCAUGCAAGUGUCAUUAUGUGACGAUAAUCAGCGCAAAACUACCACGUAGAUUCUCAGCUGUACAAUACAUACAACAAUGGUAAGGACCGAGUAACCAGCAGCAUCGGAAUGACACCUCACCUAGUAACAUGCCUUUAAGCACCAAGGAGCUCCAGACGAGUGCAGCUAAAUUCAACACCAUAAUGAAGCCAUCAGCAUGAAGAACACAUAGGACCUGCUGGCCACUUCCCAAUAGGGGCUGUAUCCCUUAAUGUGUAAUAAAUUCUACCAAUCCACAGAA